AUGUCAAAGAUACAUCCAGCUGCAGAAAAUAGAUACCAAUAUCAAAAUCGUGGAGUCCUUCACCAUGAUCUUCAGGUGGAAGAUGUUCAUGAUGUAAACCCAUCUGUGCUCACUGUGUGGAAGAGAUCUAGCAUGAGCUUCCAGGGAACUGAUGGAUUUACUGUCUUCGAUCACCGAGGAGUUUUGACUUUCCGAGUCGACAACUAUUCCAGGAAGAACUGCGGCGUCCGGAAAGGACUCGUCCUCAUGGACGGAGCUGGAAGUGCCUUGCUCACUCUCAAACCCCAGGUUUUGAGUAUGCAAGACCAAUGGAAUGCAUAUCGAGGAGACUAUGGAUGUGCAAAGAGUUCUAAGUCCAGUAGAGUAUUCACCAUGAAAAACACUGGGUCUGGUCUUUUUAGCCGCAGCAAUAAAACUGAAGCAACAGCCGAGGUGUUCAUGGGAUCCGAAACUACGAGCCCUUCACCGGAUUUCAGAAUCGAGGGUUGUUUUCAGAGGCGAAACUGCAAGAUCAGGAGCAGCAGUGGACAACUGGUGGCCAAUGUAGCUAGGAAAAGAGUGAGCAACACAGUCAUGCUUGGGGAGGAUGUGUUCAGCUUGGUGGUACAACCAGGGUUCGAUCUGGAUCUUAUCAUGGCGUUUGUAGUAGUCUUGGAUCGCAUUUGUGGGAAGCCAUUAACGCCAAUUUUAUGUUCUUAAUUGAUUGUCGUUUCGAGUGAUGUACAAAAAUAAAGCCAACAUAAGAAGAUACAAAUUGUAAGGAGUAGAGCCAAUUAGGGCGAUUACUACUCCAA